CUCCGCCGGUCCACACCUCGUUAAAAAUUCUUUCUGUCGGCCCUCUGUCUGCCUAGCCGCCACGAUUGUAGUCGAUUCAGCAACGAUUUGAGUCAACGCUUCCCUCUUCUCCUCGUCAAUCUUCAUUUUUUAUCCUCUUGGUGGCUGAGGCUAAAAAAUUUCCAUCUUCCCCAUUUCCGCGUCGCUGGUGUAAAGGAGAGGAUGGGAGGAGUCCUUUUCUUACUUGGACUCCUCCUUCGGCCGGUAGCAGAGGCUUACACGGCUCUGCCUUUCGGCUUCCCGACGGGUUCGGGAAGCCGAUGAUUUUUUUUCUUUUUUCUUCUUCUUCUUCUUGUGUUUCAGUUUGUGGCCUUAAGGACAACAUUUUGGUCUCAUAAUCCUGCCUAGGGCAUGAGAUUUCUUGCAAAGGGAUACUCUCUUUCUUGUUUCAGGUUUUUGUUGAAGAAGGGAUUUGGUGUUUGUGUGUGAGAGAGAGAGAAUUCCAAGAGAUGUUUUUCCACAUAGUGUUGGAGCGGAAUAUGCAGCUGCACCCACGCCACUUCGGGCGCAAUUUGCGGGAGAACCUUGUGACCAAGCUCAUGAAAGAUGUGGAGGGAACCUGCAGCGGUCGACAUGGAUUUGUGGUGGCAAUAACUGGUAUAGAGAACAUUGGAAAGGGUUUGAUUCGCGAUGGGACGGGAUUUGUGACAUUUCCUGUGAAAUACCAGUGUGUUGUUUUCAGACCAUUUAAAGGAGAAAUCUUAGAAGCUGUUGUUACUAUGGUUAACAAGAUGGGAUUUUUCGCUGAAGCUGGGCCAGUUCAAAUUUUUGUUUCUAACCAUUUGAUUCCUGAUGAUAUGGAGUUUCAAUCUGGGGAUAUGCCAAAUUAUACUACUUCGGAUGGAUCGGUUAAGAUUCAAAAGGACAGUGAAGUGCGAUUGAAGAUCAUUGGAACUCGAGUAGAUGCUACAGAAAUUUUCUGCAUUGGUACUAUAAAGGAUGAUUUCCUGGGUGUGAUAAAUGAUCCAACAGCCGCUUAAGCUGUUGGAGGCUUAUUUUUUUUCUGUCAGAAUGACUUGGCGUGAGAUGGGUCCUGGUUACAUUUCCAUAUUGUAUGUAUAGUUUGAAAAGCAAAUUUCUUCCCUGAACCCCAAAUGGAGCUACAGCAUUACGAUUUGAGAUCAGUUGUUGAGAUAUAGAUCUUGAUACUGAUUGAUGGUAUACUAAUCAAAUUUAUCGUAGUUCUGAGUUUAUAGUUUUAUACUUCCCAAUUCUAUUACUUAUGAGUGGGCUGACCCUGUAAAUGGGUUUUUCACUGAACAGAGUCUGUAAUUAAUUGAUUGGAUUAGCUUCCUUCAACAGAUAUCUAGCUGAAGGCGGAAUCAUUAGAAGGCUGCUAUAGUAGUGCUAGCUCACCUGGCAUUAGAUAUCCUCAUUUCUCGUCAAAUAAUAUUCAAGUUCUGACCUGAUUUUUACUA